AUGCCAAAUGUCAGUGCGGAAGCGGAGGAGUUCUGGCGGAUGUGGUGUGCUGGCGAGCGGGCCGUCAAGCCUACACUCGCCGACUGCAGAGCCGUCAUCGCCUCCAACCUCGACGCGGACGGAACCAUCCCUCUACCUGGCGGUCGGAAAGCAUGGCUGUACCUCAACCCCUGGCAGCAUCAAGAGCGGUUCAAGCGGUAUAUCGACCCGAAGAACGUGCGGGAGGAACUGGAGAAUGACAAGCGGAGCAUGGUCGAACGGCGGACACUACGCGUCAUGUCAAACAUGCGCUUCCUAUUUCCUCCCCUCCCGGCUGCCUCUAUAUCGUACUAUGACCGGCUCGACCCAUCUGUCCAAGCAGAGGUAAGCCAACUUCGGCGGUACUGGAUCUCGCUCGGCGCAUUCAAGGACCAGCUCUUCUGGUCUCGCCUCGUCGUCGUCGGUCUCCUCUUCCUCCCCUGCCUCCUCCUCGCCGGCGUAUACGUAUGCGCGCUGGAGCGAGUGCCUUUUACGGGCAGAUGGCGGAUCAUCCUACUCACGGCGGAAGAGGAGGACAAGAUUUCGACCAGCCUGGCGGGAACCAACUGGUACAAAUCCGUCAUCAACCUCCUCACCACUCCCGAGGCUCCGGCUCCACCCAUCCUGCCAUUAACGGACUGGCGAUGGGAGUGGGUCCAGACUACCCUGAGGACGCUGGAAGACGGGGUCGUUGCGGCGGUCGCAGCGUCCGAGGCGGGAAUAGACGAUACCUCGGCCGGCUUUGACGGGUAUCGGCCACCGCCCUCCAAGUAUCCCCUCAAACCCCGUCCACGCGUCUCGUCCCGUCUGCACUCGGCUUUACCCGGCGGCGAUCCACAAUCGGGACAAGAACACCUCGAGCUCGGGCCUCCGUUCAGCCUCAUGCUACUGCAAAAGGACGAGCGGAAUGCUUUCUCGUACGGCUUUGGAGGCAAAGGAGCCGGCGGUGUUGUGGUCUUCACGGGACUGCUGGAUGAUAUCCUGGCGAAUGAUCAAGCCGAGGAGGCGGUGGUGGAACAGCAGAAACCAAGCGGUGUGUUUGGCGGCCUCUUUCCUUCGCCUAGCCCAUCGCGGAAGGCGAAAAGGCGUACCGAGCCGACCGAGGAACAGACGCUGCACCUCGCGAGUGUGCUAGCGCACGAAAUGGGCCAUCUGCUGCUAUCCCAUCAUCUCGAGACGCUCAGCCAGCAGCAGGUGCUCUGGCCGAGUCUGCUGGGUCUGUCGAUGGAUCUCAUUCGAGCAUUUAUCUGGCCAUUCACCAUAUUCCUCGGCCCCGCUGUCAACGACGCCUUGGCCAAUAUGGGCCGCACAACGACCAAUGAGCUGGUUGAUCGGUAUGGCGAGAUCGGGUUUCAGUGGAAGCAUGAGUAUGAGGCGGAUUCGGUCGGCUUGAGAAUUCUAGCUCGGGCAGGAUACGAUCCCCAACGCGCCCUCACCCACUUCGCCCGCUCCGUAUCGGACCUACACGAGAUUCAGCCGCUCGACAGGGACAAGUCGGAAAGCUGGACGGGCAGUCUGUUCAAACUAUGGACAAGGGCGACGCAUCCGAGUGCGGAGAGCAGGCUGGCGGCGGUAGAAAAGGAGCUGGCGAGCUGGACGCAGGGAGGCAAGUGA